GUCAUAUUAAAAGACAAAUCAAUUCACUCCCUUCUGUGGACCCCAUCUUUAUUCCCUCCUCCCUUUUUCCCCUCCUCCUCCAUUAUCACUCCCCUCCUACCCUUCUUUCUCUCUCCUCUUGUCCUCUCCUUCACCCUUCCGCAACAUCCUACACCCAACACCACCACCUACAACAUUCCCUCCCUUUCAAUCCACAACAAUGUGCACUCCCUCCUCAGAUCUCCACCAUUAAAAUACUAACUCCUUCCCACCAUUAUAAUAGCAAUGGCAAGUGUUUCUUCCGAAGAUGACGGCUACGACCAACAGAGCGAAAGAGGUGCUGGAAGCUACUGCUUGAGUGCCGAUGUCAGUGAAUCAGAAAGUUCUAGUAGUUUCUCUCUUCUCCGUUUUGACCCUGACGCCGCCCCUUCUACCUCCGCCUCUUCUCCCGCUCUUAGACAUCCCGGUAACUUUAACUUCGCCGCUACUCACUUCGCUUUUCCGGUUAUCUCUGGCCGAGACGCUGUUCUCUGGGAUGACAUUAAACCCCCUAAAUCCGACGACUCUGAUUUAUCUGAAGUAGAAUUGAUGAAGGAAAGAUUUGCGAAGUUGUUACUGGGUGAAGACAUGUCUGGUGGUGGAAAGGGUGUUUGCACUGCUCUUGCAAUCUCAAACGCAAUUACCAAUCUUGCUGCUACUGUUUUUGGGGAGUUAUGGAGAUUAGAGCCGUUGGCGAUGCAGAGGAAGAAGAUGUGGUGCAGAGAAAUGGAGUGGUUAUUAUGUGUCAGUGACUCGAUCGUUGAACUAGUCCCAUCAGUUCAGGAGUUUCCUGGUGGAGGCACAUUUGAGGUGAUGGCAACGAGGCCAAGGUCAGAUUUGUAUGUAAAUCUGCCUGCCCUUAAGAAGCUGGAUGCAAUGUUGCUUAGUAUGCUUGAAGGGUUUAAGGAGACUGAGUUUUGGUAUGCUGACCGAGAGAGUGAUGAUCGGGAUCCUCUUAAAACAGCGGUGUCUAAUGGUCGGCCAUCUGUUCGGCAGGAGGACAAGUGGUGGUUGCCGUGUCCGAAAGUCCCGCCUCGUGGCUUGUCUGAGGAGGCCAGGAAGAGGUUGCAGCAAUGUAGGGAUUGUACUAACCAGAUUCUCAAGGCAGCUAUGGCUAUUAAUACUAGUGUCAUUGCUGAAAUGGAGAUUCCUUGUGUUUAUUUGGAGUCCUUGCCUAAGAACGGAAAAGAUUGUCUAGGAGAGAUCAUCUAUCGCUAUGUAACUGCGGAGCUGUUCACACCUGAAUGUUUGCUUGAUUGCCUUGACUUGUCUUCGGAACAUCAUAUUCUUGAAGUUGCAAAUAGGAUCGAAGCAUCGGUUCAUGUCUGGAGAUUAAAAGAUCAGAAAAGACUUGCAGGUCACUCUAGAAGUAAACGAGCAACCUGGGGAGGCAAAGUCAAAGGCCUUGUAACUGACAAUGACAAGAAUCAAAUUCUCGCACGACGUGCUGAAACUCUCUUGAGGUGCCUGAAGCUUCGGUUCCCUGUACUUCCACAAACAGCUCUUGAUAUGAGCAAGAUUCAAUUUAACAAGGAUGUUGGGCAAGCAAUACUAGAAAGCUACUCAAGAGUAUUAGAGAGCUUGGCAUUUAACAUAAUGGCUAGAAUAGAUGAUUUAUUAUUUGUGGAUGACGCUGUCAAACAGUCAGCUUCAGAAUCCAAAUCGCUUUUCUGCAGAGGCUUUGGUGGUCUCCCGAUCCAAAAACGGAUGUCGCCUAGCCCCUUCUCUAUUCAGCACACUCCUUAUGGCUCACCGUUUGCAACCCCAAGCUUCUGUUUCUCCCCUGCUGCUGGUAGUCCUGGAAGAUCACUGUCCACCCUCAGCAAAAUGAACCUUAAAGCAGCAGAAGACGACCUGAAACCUGGAAAAACACUAUCAGAAGAGUUUGAGAGGGUCUGGGCACAUCCCGGGAAUCUGAGCGCGAGGAAAGCAUCCGGAGAUGCUCCUGAGAGAGACUGAAGAUAAUCUACCUGAUGACCAUUAUUAAAGAGGGCACCUUCAGAAAACAGCUAAGGCGUAACUUUCUUCUCUGUAAAUUCAAUAGCAACAGAUCAUCUGUGCAGUAAGUUUCUAUUUAGUUUAAAGACAGUUAGGUUAGGUACAAUAUUCUCUAAUCAUGUCUUUGAUUUUGUGGAGGAUUUAGUAUAUGUUAAUGUUAGGGGAUCUGAUAUUAGCAACCCUUACCCUGAAAUGUUUCUACAGUUGUUUUGUUGAGUACCAGGAUUAAUAGAUGGAUAGAGGUGGGAUGCGAAGAUGGUACCAGAUGGGGGUGUAUUAUAGUUAUAAAUGGAUGAUGGAUCAGUAGUGGUACUACUUUGUAUUAUUCGCCAGGAAACCUGAGUUUUUAUGUAAAGGAGGGCUCUUAAUUUUUCUAA